AUGGCAGCCGAUGGCGAUGCACCACCCAUCACACCGGAAGGUGUCACCACCGAGCCGGAGAUUAUCAACCCCGAUGCGUUGCCGGAGCAACCGCACCGACGACAGUUCGUGCCCGUGGAGAUGCAGAUAGUGGUGAAUGCUGUGGCUGACAUGGACAGUAAUGACGCUGCCAGCUUCAUCCGUGCUGCACCUGCCUGGGCAAUACUGAGAAGCUUCGGCCAAGUUCUUCGAGGACGUGAUUAUGACGACGAUGGUAGUGUUGAUUGUGACGAGGAGGAGGAGGAGGAAGAGGAGGAGGUGGACUCCAUCGAUGAGUUCUGGUCACACAGCUGGCAGAGCAUGGUGUUUUUCAAGGUGUGGCUGCUACUCAUGCUCAAAAACGGGCGUGCUGCAUGCGUGGGUGGCACACUUGUGGCGUUGGUCGCUGGAUAUCUCUCGUACACAGACCUUCUACCAGGAUGGUACAAGGAGCCACGAGUCCAGGGACCAGGCUAUAGCGGAGAGUUCAGAUUCAGCCCAUGGGCGAAUCUCACUGGAUGCGCUGCAGCGUUGCUAUUUCUGGUAGUUUGGCACUCCUCGAGCAAGGUCUUCCUGGAUCGUGCAUGUAUCCAUCAAGGUGAUAGCAGGUUGAAAGCGGAGGGCAUCCUAAACCUCGGCGCCAUCCUCAAGAAGUCUCGGACGCUAGUGGUGGUCUGGGACCCAUCAUAUCUCUCCAGGCUAUGGUGUGUGUUCGAGCUUGCUGCUUUUCUCCACGCUCAUCGUGAAGACCCUCAGACCCGCUUGGUCAUCAAGCCCACCGUCUUGGUGCCCAUGACCUUCCUCAUGGCGAUGACUACUUCGUUCAUACUUCUUUUUGAGACGAGCCUUCCUGAUACAGAUGAGGUUGCCUUCAUGCGGAUACUCCUGUUUGUCUUGUCUCAGUUUCCCAACAUCUGGCUAAUCCAGAGACUCUGGCGGACUGUCAUGGAGGCGGAGAAGCAAUUUGGCACCUUCAGCUUUGAGAAAGUCACGUGCUACUGCUGUUCCUCAGAUCACAAGGAUUCACGAGGCAACACCAUUCCUUGCGAUAAGGAGAUUCUCGAAGGUUGCAUCGUUGAGUGGUACGGUUCUGUGGCACAGCUGGAACUGAGCGUCCGCACCAAAGUGCGUGACUCCUUCAUUGAGCAGGUGACGCGCUUCCCUAUGGGGUAUCAGUGGAUGGUUACUUGA